UUUUUUUGUUGUUGUAACAGUGUCAAAUUGAUUCCUUUCAUAGCCUAUCCACGCCGUCGCGCGGGAUUCAAGCCCUAAUAGUAGUGCCACUCUCCUCAUUCCGCCGCUGUUCAGCCGGCGACGCUCGGAAUGGAGCCGGACAUCCAACGGAAAAUCGAGGCAACGGUGGUCGACAUUCUCAGAGGUGUCGACAUGAAUCAGGCGACCGAGUUCAAUGUCCGGUUCAUGGCCUCCAUGCGUCUCGGCAUCGACCUCUCCAACAUCGAGAGCAAGAAGUUCGUCAGAGGAAUCGUGGAGUCCUUUCUGCUCUCCUCCGCGGUUCCGCUCGGUGAAGCUGAAGACCACCAGGCGCUCGACGACGACGGACGUGUCGCCGGAGAGACCAAUGAGGCGAGGAAGGAGGUCGAGCUGGAUGGCUAUGGAAAUCGCGUUAUUUGCAGGCUUUCGGAUAGAAGGAGCGUGACGGUGCAUGACUACAACGGGAAGUCUCUUGUUUCAAUCAGAGAGUGGUUCUUGAAAGAGGGUUUGGAGCUUUUUUCUAAUAGAGGAAUUAGUUUGCCAUCUGAACAGUGGUCGGUGAUGAGGAAGAGUAUGUCUGACGUAGACACUGCCAUCGCAGAGAUGCAAUCCAGGUUGAGAAGAUCUGAUGAUCUCAAUGGUUCAAGAACGGAGAAGUGUAACUCGGUCCCACAGAAAGUUGCUUCUACUUCGACUGUUCUGCGUAGUGAGAAAGUUCUAAAUGGAGUGGCUACCUCUUCAACUUCAACCAGGGCUGAACUACAGAGCGAGGAAGUCUCUAAUGGGGUAACUACUUCUACCCCAUGUGCAGAAAUCCCUUCUUUACCAGUUGCUUCUACCCAUUGCAAUCCUGUCUCUGAUCCAGCUAUUGCUUCUGCUCCUGAAGAAAAUGUACCCACUGCAACUGCAAAUUCUGCAGCAGAAGAAGGUAUUGCUUGGGUUAGUGUGGACCGUUUUGAUGGGAAGAACUAUAAGAGCUGGGUGAUAAACAUGGAGCUUUUCUUGAAGCAGUUAAAGGUUGCACAUGUGCUCUCUGAUCCUUGUCCAGUGGUUGCCGUACAUCCUGGAUCGAAAAAUCCUGAACAGAUGAUACCUCCGGCUAAAAAAGCUGCUGAGAGGAAGUGGCUUAACGAUGACCAUUUGUGUCGCCUCCACAUUUUGAGUUGCCUCUCCGAUUCUCUUUAUCAUCAAUUUUCAAAGACGACUCAUACUGCAAAGGAGUUAUGGGAUCAGCUGAAACAAGUUUAUCUCUAUGAGGACUUGGAGUCAAAGAGAGCCCAAGUGAAGAGGUACAUUGAAUUUCAGAUUGUUGAGGAAAAGUCAAUUUUCCAGCAAGUCCAUGAAUUAAACAAUAUCGCUGAUGCCAUUGGAGCUGAUGGAACUAUUAUUCAUGAGUACUUCCAUGUUAGUGCUGUCCUCUCAAAGCUUCCACAAUCAUGGCAAAAUUUCUGCAUCAAGUUAAAGCACGAGGAGCAUCUGCCUUUCCGGAUGUUGAUGGACAUGAUAAAGGCCGAGGAACAGUUGCGUACAGGGGGGAGCAAGCAAGUGGAAUCUGCCAAUAAUCACCUCAACAACCACAAUCACCAUGCCAACAAUCUAGGGCCGAGGACAAGAGACCUGAAGAGACCAGGUGUGAUGCAGUGGACGAGGCAUGGAACGGGAACUGAGAUGGAGAACAACAGGUUGCCCGUCUGCUUUUGUUGUGGGAAGAAGGGUCACUUUGCUAACCAGUGUCGCAACAGGAAAUUCGACAAUGAAGAUCAUCAUCCUCAUCAACAUCAUAAGUCAUUCACCCACUCUGUUAAAGGAGGCGACCCAUGGCCGUACUGAGUAUGCUACGAAAUCUUCACUGUUCUCUGAGAGGGUAGGGCUGGCUUCUGGAAUCGCACUUCUCAGUGCCUUGUGGUCUACUCCUGGAUUUUGUUUUCAUGCUGUACGUUUUUGUAAGACGAGACCAACAGUCGCUCUCGAAACCUAAAAUGGUUUAUCUAGUUAGAGUUAUUUGCUGUGUUUGUAAAACCGUACCAUGUUAGCAUCAGACGGGGGAAAUCUUUUAUUGGAAGCUAAAUUGUUAGGUAGUUUUUAGAGGUAUGAAAAUGAUCGAACUAUGAUUAAAUCACGCUUUUAAUAUUAAAUACUUUAUUGUCGAUCUUUCGAUGUGUGUUGGCGAUCCUACCGAAAAAAACUUGAAGGCUAAACCGAUGGGUAGUUUUUAG